GUGCAUUCGGUGCUACUACUUAAUUAAAUAAAUAUAAAGGUGGGUGGGUGGGUUGGCCUCAAGCAAGCCCGAUGGGCCUUUGAAGAGAUAUUGAAAUGAUGGACGAUGAUGAUUACUCGGCGGCUGCGACUACCGUCGUCUUCGAGCGUCCGAUUCCGCUGCUCCGGGGACCUGUACCCUCCGGUGGCUCAUACGUUCUAGCUUUCCGAUCCCUGGAUUCAUGGUCAGCCGCUUUCAAGCGUUGCGAAACCCUAAUCAAGGAUCAGUGCCAGGAAGGUGCUAGAAUUGGGUGCGCCGUCUCCGCCUCCAACAACUGUAAGCCGCCGUGGUGGCGGGGCUCCGGUGACAUGAGGGAGCGGGACAAGUGCGAAGAGCGGGAAUUCCAGGCAUGUGUGGCUGCCUCCAAGGGCAAGUGCGCUGCGUUCGCCAAAGACAAGUGCUCUGGUGCGUUUUUAGAUGCGCGAAUCUCCAAGGAGGUUGAGGGAAUGGUGUGCCUAGCUUCAAUGCCGGAGCACAGCAGGUGGAGGGAUCUCAUGGGGAUUGGUUCACUGCAUCUGCACACCAACAACUGCUGCACUGCCAGGGAUCUGCUUCUUAACCAUCAUCAUAAACCAUAGCUAACUAACUCUUUAUUAGUUUCAGGCUGAGAGCCUUUGUUAUUAUUAUUAGUUCUGAGCUUAAUUAGUUGUAUUCUUCUCAUAAGAUGAUGAUGCUCAAUCUAUCUAUUCUCGAUCCCAAGCCAUUGUUGGUUGGGAUUUUGUUAA